AUGGGUACUGCUGGAGACAUUCGAGCUCGUCUCCGAGCAAAGUUCUCAAGAAGAAAUUCGGCGACACCAUCCUUGGCAUCCAACGGAACCAGCAUAAGCACCAACGGGGAUGCUCAUGGCUCACAGCCAGCGGAUGGGACGAGUCUCGGGCGGCAAUCCUCGGCCGCUGCAUCCGUUCCCAGGUCGAGGGCAAGCUCUCAGCACCCGCACCCGCACCCGCCCUCACCUUCGCCGACGCCAACCAUGCACCAGCCACACCACAACCUGAUGCACCUUCAAACUCAGCCGCAGUCAAGUGGAGUCGCAGGUGCUCCCGGUGCACUUCAACCCCCCUGCAGCCCAGGUGACCGCUUGCUGCAGCAGAGAUUGAAGGCAAUUACGGUUGAUAACACAGCAGCGGAGGGUGCCCAUACUCAAGGGGACCCCCAAAAAGAAGAGGCGGAGGGCGACCUAGGAGGAGAAGAGUGCUUGCUGCCACAGUCGUCGCCGUCGCCGUCGCCGUCGCCGCUGCCAUUAAAACAUCAACAAAAACAGCACCAUGACAAGCCGGUCCGUCAUGACAUUCGAAAUGAUGAUGCGCAUCGCAGCAGCGAUGAGUACUUGGUGAUAGAGAAAAACUCACCCAUUACUUCUGCUGCUACCACCACAACUGAACCAGCGGACAACCACAGGCCCGCAAGUCGUUGCAGCUACACAGACGACAGAGCUGCCGCCACUAGGGACAACACCCCCAAGCCACACCCCAACGUUGACUCGCUGGCUCCGAUGCAGCCCGCGGUGUCUGACCGACGCUUGGCUAGUGAACCGAUGGGCAUAGAUCUGCCCUCAUCCGUAACCACCACUGCUCCCAUAAACAACCUUCCCAGCAUCAACGAAGACCAGACGCCCGAGGCCGACAACAAAACACAAAAUACUCUUCUGCCACAGCCGCUGCCGCUGCCGCCCAAGACCGGCGCAGCUCCCAUCGUUACUCUCGAGGCUGUUUCCAGCGACGACAUCAGCGGCGACCAACUCGAUCUGGUCAGCCAUGCCCUCAGCACCCCGGCACCCGUCGCAAGCAGUAUCCUCCCGACCUCUCCCCGGCCAGACAAUCCUCCCCGUCGACAGAGCCUCAUACCCAGUCGCCAAACGACAUUGAUCCGUAACUUGCUCGAAGCACGAGCCGACCACGAAGCCAGCCCGGCCAUCGCCGAAUCCCUGAUUUCCAACACCACAAACAUGGUCACCCGCAAGGUCUGGGUUAGGCGUCCCGGUGCCUCUCCGACCAUCAUCACCAUUAAUGAGGACGAUCUGGUCGAUGAUGUGCGCGAUAUGAUCCUGAGAAAAUACGCCAACUCGCUUGGCAGACACUUCGACUCCCCCGACCUCACCCUCCGGAUAUGCCCGCGGGAACAGAGGCAAGAUCGUCUCCUGGGCCCGGAAGAGCCAAUGGGUCGCACUCUUGAUGCUUACUUUCCUGGUGGUCAGAACGUCGACGAGGCUUUGGUCAUCGAUAUACCAACCCGCCGUACACCAAGGCCAUCACCCCGCGCGCCGACACAUGCCACGACCAUCUACUACAAUGAUGACGGCAGGCCAUCUGAGGCUGGUGAAGGGUAUUUCCCUCCCGUAGCAGGAGCAGCACCUCUUCCGUCGCCAAACCUGCCUGUCCCCGUCGUCGCCCCCGUCACAGUUCCUGCAACGCACCCUGCCCAUCCUGCCCAUCCUGCCCAUGCCCACACCGCGCAUGUGCAACAUUCCAUAGCAGUUCUUGGGACCGGUCAGAUACCUCUGAUACCCUCACCCGGGGGUACAAGAUCCCGCGCAUACCGAGAACGCCCUGAACGUCCCCGCCUCGGAAGAACACAUACCUCGUCGCCCACUAUUUUGAACCAGGUCAACGCCCAGUCCAUGGCGGCGGCGGCUGCUGCUGCCGUUCACCCUGCCCAUUCUUUUCACCCACGGUUACCGCCUUCAAGAACACACUCAAACACUUCGGAGCAAUCCAACGUUCCACCGGUUGCUCCGCCACUUCCAACCCCACCUGCCCCGGAAGUCCAACCUGCAAGAGUCGCGACCCCACCGCCAAGAAUUGCCUCUCCUCGGCCGGCCAGUUCUCGACCCAAGAAAGUAAAGAAGAACGUCGACCAUCCAACCUUGCCUGCUGGCAUACUCAACGGCGGAGUACCGCCCAUCAACGUACUCAUUGUGGAAGACAACCCAAUCAACCUCAAGCUACUUGAGGCCUUCGUCAAGCGCUUAAAAGUGAGAUGGAAGACGGCAGUCAACGGCCGCGAUGCCGUCACCAUGUGGAGGACUGGUGGAUUCCAUCUUGUCUUGAUGGACAUCCAGCUUCCCAUCAUGAGUGGAUUGGAGGCCACUAGGGAGAUCCGAAGACUGGAGAGGGUGAACUCGAUUGGCGUCUUCUCUUCGUCUGCAUCCAGCGUGCCCGAGGCCCCCAAUGGCGAGCCAGAGGAGAAGGACAAGUUGACGAACAUGGAGCUAUUCAAGAGCCCCGUCAUCAUAGUGGCCCUGACUGCCAGCUCUCUGCAAAGCGACAGACACGAAGCACUGGCUGCAGGCUGCAACGACUUCCUCACAAAGCCUGUCAACUUUGUUUGGCUAGAGAGGAAAGUCAUGGAAUGGGGCUGCAUGCAGGCCCUUAUCGACUUCGACGGCUGGAGGAGAUGGAAAGAUUUCUCUCAGCAAAACGACGAGGCCGAGGCAAAGAAGUCUGCCGCUCUCAAGACGAAGGCAAAAAAGAACCGACUAACUGAUCAAGAUGAGGUCGCGCACUGCUCUUCAAAGCGUCUCAAUGCGGCCUUCAAGGCUGCGGAGCUCGACAUCUCUGCGCUGCGGCCUUACCAACUAGGCAGAAUCCUUUCUCUUCCCAUCACAUCAUCCUUCACCCAGACUUCCAAUGGUCGCUUCGCCGUAAGUUGGCGAACUUCAGGCGCGCUCUCCGCGGCCAGACCAUUUUUGACCACAAUGCCUCCACGAGCUGGAUCGUCAUUAUCGCCACUGGCUCUCGGGGCCAAGUGGUGCGAUGCUCACGCGAGCACAACGUUACGGUCUCGGCCAGCCGUCCAACUCGCUUGCGCUUUUUCAACGACAUCACAGCAAUCCAGAAGAUCAAAGCCGCAGCAUGAGCUGCAGCAUUGGCUGAAGGCUCGGGGUUCCGUCUUUCGCGAUGUCCCCAGUGACGGCCCCAAGUAUCUGUCCAUGAACGAUGACCAGCCCUUCCCGCUGAAUCCCUUCUUCAAGAGUCAGCCUGUGUUGAGCGAGGACAUGAGGGGAGAGAUCUUUACAAGGGUAAAAGAGAAGAAGGAAUCUCUAAAACUGGUUUCAGCCGAAUUAGGUGUCGAUGUUCGCCGCGUCGCCGCCGUUGUGCGUAUGAUGGAGGUGGAGAAGCAGUGGAUUGCCGAGCGCAAACCAUUGGCUCGGCCAUACGCGAGGGCGGUUCUCCGAAUGCUGCCCCAGACCGAGCUGAAUAAAGACAGACCGGAUCUGCAGCCUCCUCAUGAACCUAUCAACGAGAUCCAUGUCCACAGGCUUACGAUGCAGCAACUGUUCGUGCCCGUGUCUGAGUCUCGCCAGUUCGACAGAGAAGAUGCUGCGAAGGCUUUCCACAGAAAAAUGCUUUCUGUGGACGGCCGCUCGCCACACAAAGAGCUCAUUUCCAUGAGGAAAGCUGCUGCUGCUGGCGGGUCGGCAGCCGAGUUGACCAAGAAAUUCAGAGAGGUCACAAGGGCUGAAGAGGACAGAUUAGUCGAGAGGGAGCGCCGACGUCUUGAAAAGGCCGAGGAAGAGACCCAACGUGUGGACACCGGUCGUUUCGAGUUCCGAUUCAAGGAGAUGAACGUCGACAGCGCCGGUAAGGAUGGUCGAAGCAGAAGAGGCGUUGGCUGGAGAUAUGGCGUGCCCUUCUACGAUCGCAGGAAGGGCGAGCUGAAGAUUCCCACAUCGGUGCCCUGA